UCCGGACUCCCAGCUGCGUCCCGGAUGCGGACUGUCAACUUCCAGCAACUUUAAGAUCUCCGCGGGUCGCCUAGCGAAGAUGCCUCGCCCGGGCAGAAACACUUACAGUGAUCAGAAGCCUCCCUACUCCUACAUCUCGCUGACCGCCAUGGCGAUCCAGAGCUCCCCGGAGAAGAUGCUGCCCCUGAGUGAGAUCUACAAGUUCAUCAUGGACCGCUUCCCCUACUACCGGGAGAACACACAGCGCUGGCAGAACUCCCUCCGCCACAACCUCUCCUUCAACGACUGCUUCAUCAAGAUCCCGCGCCGCCCCGACCAGCCGGGCAAGGGCAGCUUCUGGGCGCUGCAUCCCAGCUGCGGGGACAUGUUCGAGAACGGCAGCUUCCUGCGCCGCCGCAAGCGCUUCAAGGUGGUCAAGUCGGACCACCUGGCCCCCAGCAAGCCGGCGGAUGCGGCGCAGUACCUGCAGCAGCAAGCGAAGCUGCGGCUCAGCGCCCUUGCGGCCACCGGCACCCACCUGCCCCAGAUGUCCACGUACAAUCUCGGCGUGUCCCAGCCCUCCAGCUUCAAGCACCCCUUCGCCAUCGAGAACAUCAUCGCCAGAGAGUACAAGAUGCCCGGGGGCCUCGCCUUUUCCACGAUGCAGCCCGUGCCGGCCGCCUAUCCCCUCCCCAAUCAAUUGACUACGGUGGGCAGCUCCAUUGGCACGGGCUGGCCCCACAUGUACAGCUCCGGCAUGAUCGACACCGCCACCCCCAUCUCCAUGGCCAGCAGCGAGUACGGCGCCUACGGUGUGCCCAUCAAACCGCUCUGCCAUGGGGGGCAGACUUUGCCGGCCAUCCCCGUCCCCAUCAAGCCUACCCCUGCCGCGGUGCCAGCCCUGCCCGCCCUGCCCGCGCCCAUCCCCACCAUCCUCUCGAACUCGCCGCCCUCCCUCAGCCCCACGUCCUCGCAGACGGCCACCAGCCAAAGCAGCCCGGCCACCCCCAGCGAGACUCUCACCAGCCCGGCGCCCGCCCUGCACUCCGUGGCUGUGCACUGACCCGGGCCGCCUACACGGACGCUGCCUUCCCCUUUCUCCCAAAGUUUCCUCGGAGCUCUCCUCUCUCCCCCUUCUCUCCCUCCUUUCGCUUCUUUCCCCUCUCCUCUCUACUCUUUUCUUCGAAAGUAGAGACAACUCCCCGCGGGAAGCUGAAUUCUGCCGUUCGCGUGAGCCCCCUUUCCGCUUCGCCCCGUCAGCCGAGCCCUCCCUCGCGGCUCGGUUUCUCCUCUGGUUCUGAACUUUGUUUUCCGUUCUUCUGAGGCGAAGGGAACCGGCCCGGCCCGCCCCCUCCCGCCCGGUAGGAGCUGCCACUUGCAUUGCUAGUUUUCCAAAAGUACUUCAGGCAUCUUCGAUUUGUCAGCGACCAGGCAAGCCUGGUUCGGCGAUGCCUCUUUCCCUUCUUUUGUCUGGGGUUUAUACAGUACCAAUCUUUAGUACCACAAACAAGGAUGGCUGCUGUGUCACUGCAUGAGAGCAGCGACGUUUCCAGCCUCCAAGCAGCAAAGGCUUGGAUCUUGGAAACGCCGGGAAGCGCUCGGUGUCCUUUGUGUGGGUGCGUGUCCCGUGGCGCCGCCAAGGGCAGCGUUUCAGCGGGGGAGGGCCGCGGCCCCGGGGCUGGGGUGGCCCGAGCACGAGCGGGAUCGCGGCCCGCAGGUGAGGGAGCGGCGGGGGCGGCGCGGAGCGGGCCGGAACCGCGCCGGGCCGCUUACGCCACCCCUGCAAUGUUUACAAAGCGCCUGUGUUAAUGUAAAUACUGAACUUGCAUCUGUACUGUACAUCAGAUGAGGUCCCUUUUGCAGUACCUGUUGUAACGUGGAUGUUUACUGUAGUUUUCAGGUGAAAGAGAAGGAGGAGUUGACUUGUCUGUUAACUUCUGGUUAACCCGAAGGUUUGGGGGAGCUGAGGUUUUCUUUGUUAUUAGUUUUUUUUGGUUGUUGUUGUUAUUUUUUAAAUUUUGUAGCUAUUUCAUAGCUUAAAACCAAACAACAACCAUAAUUAUAAUAAAAACAAACCUGUUACCAAGCACAUAUUCCGACACAGCUUAAAGAAAAGCGGUUGAAGUCACCGAUAAAAUCUGGAAAAGUAAUACAAUAGCAGGUACAAACUCUGGAGGUCAUCCUGAUUUCUGCUGGAGCUUUGCAGACGAGAGGGGGCUAGGGAAACUGUAAAUGUUUCUGCAUAUGAAUGAUUAUAAAAUGUGUAAAAUGCACUUUUGUUUGAUAUACUCCUUUCUAGUUUUAGGUAGUUUGCUGGAAACUGAACUGUUGUUCUGCUGUGAACUGCUUAAGUUAAGAGAAAAAAAAAAAGAACACGCCCUCUAAACAGCAUUAGUGUUUAUCGAAACUGUAAAGAUAUUUCUUUUAAAUUUUUUUUCCUGUACAGAAUAAGCAUGGCAUUUUAAAUAUUGGUGUUCUUGUUCCCAGCAUGUAUGUUUUAAGACAAAGGUUAAAAAGUGUCUACGUUAAAUUAUGAACCUAGUCGUCCAAAUAAUAUUUUCUCAUUAAAAUAUGUAAAUUCA